CUGAGUUACGUUAAAGUGUUUGUUUUUUUGCACGGUCCGUGAAGGACACGCUCCUCUAUUUGUUCAUCCUCCAGAGAUUAGGUUCAUGUCCAUCCUAAGCUGUUUGUUUACUCACAUCUCCAAGUGUUGUCGUAUAUCAGAACUCCUUAGCAUAACGUCUUUUUGCCUCACUCGCUUCUGACAGGCAUUCAAUCAGAUGAAUGUGUAAACAGAAGGGCGGUCUCAGGUGAGAGGCUUGAGUUUCACCGGCUUUCGAAGUGUUAUAAUUGAGCCUUCGAGUUCAUUGAUCAGUCAGAGAGAUUGGCUGUGCCGGAAACUUAUCAGAUCUUUUUGUUUUUCCGCAAGCGUUUCCGAAGAAUGGACGUGCUAUAGGUUUUUUUCGAAACUUUUAAGUCCUGUUGGACACAUUUAGGAGCGUGUUUGUAUUGUUAAACAUGGAGGAACUAAAAUCCCCCGUGAGUUUUUUCCACAAGUCGUCUUUCAGCAUCAGUAGUUUACUGCUCCGACACGAGCGCGCGAGGAGCGACUCGAGCGCCGCGCCGGAAGCUCCGCGCUCUCGAGCCGCAAAGCCACCCAUCGCGCGCUCCCAUCACCAGCAGAAAAAUGACGGAAAAGACAAGCAGAUUCCAAAACGGAACGAAGCGAACAGACCGGAUAAAAAAGAGUCUGUGGGAGUUGGAGAGCAAACGUGUGAAGGAACAGAUGGACAGUCACCGGAGAAGAAGAGCAAACCCGAUAAGCCUCCGUUUAGUUAUAACGCGCUUAUCAUGAUGGCCAUCCGCCAGAGCCCGGAGCGACGGCUCACCCUCAACGGCAUCUAUGAGUUCAUUAUGGGCAACUUUCCGUACUACCGAGAAAACAGGCAGGGUUGGCAGAACUCCAUCCGGCACAACCUGAGCCUCAACAAGUGCUUCGUCAAGGUCCCGCGCCACUACGACGACCCGGGAAAAGGCAACUACUGGAUGCUGGACCCGUCCAGCGAUGACGUAUUCAUCGGCGGAACCACUGGAAAACUCCGGCGCCGGUCUACAGCCGCGUCUCGAGCCAAGCUGGCCAUGAAGAGAGGCGCACGGCUAUCCUCCGCCGCCACCGCAGGACUGGCAUUCGCAGGCUCGUUUUACUGGCCCGUCCCGCCGUUCGUGACUCUCCAGCAUCGUCACCCGAGCUCCGCGGCUCACCACAACAACUACGCCGCGUCGGUUCUGUCCCAGAGCUCGCGCCACUUCAGCUCGGUCGGUCCCGCUGCGGAAAGACUGCUUCUCCCGUCCGCCCAAGAGGCAGCUUAUUAUGGAAUGGGCUGUGAACAGAUGUCCUCCACCUCCUCCUUCUCCACAUCUGCUUCUGUGCCUCUGCCUCUCUCUGCUCCCCGCUCUUUCAAUUUACUUUCCAAUCAGUCCAGUUACUUUUACUCUCACCAGGUGCCUCACACAGCGGGACUGUCACCCUGGUCGCAGGAGGAAUCGUACCUCUCCAAAACAUCUCCUUCUGGACAGUUAUUCCCUGGAAAGCCAUCUCCUUCUUCUGAAUACAUUGGAGGACUAUGUUCAGACAUUCCCAGUUAUUUUCCUCAUUUUAACACAGCCAACUCCAUGCACUGAACAUUUCCAGCUUUUUGAAGAGUAGACACGCAAUUCAUGUGCAAUCUUUUUAUCCAUUAUUUAAUUUCACGUGAGGCCAAAUAUUUGUGGCCAAACAAGUUUUAUUUCGUAAUAUCCAGUUGUUUACAGUUUAGUUACCACACAAACGAGUUACGCAAAUAUUUGUAUGGACAUGACGGCUGAACUAAACGUGCCGAUCUGAUAGUCAAUGCACUUCUAAAAAAAGGAAAUAGCUGAGGGAAACAACCAUGUUGUGCUCCACAUAUGUCUCUUUUUGAUGUCUGCUGGUUUUUCUUUAGAUGGCAGUUUGUAUGUACGAUACCAAAAAGAAAAGUUUAACUGCAUGAUUCUGUCCGGUGCUUUUUCAUAAGAUGUCUUCGUGUUGUUCAGCAUUUACAGUCACUCACAUAAUCUUAAUACUGUAGAUAUUUGUCUAAGAAGA